GAAUACACAUAUAUAUAUUGAAUAUUUCAUUUAAUUUUAUAAUAUUCAAUAAAUCGUUGCAACUAUAAAUUGGCGAUAAACAAAAUAUCACAUUGUAUCUCGAUUGUCAAUGUAAUCAAGAAAAAUUAAUAUGAUCAAUGUUAAAAGUCACAAGAGAAAAGUUCAAUGUGAAAAAUUGUUCGAGCUUAAAACAAUUUUUCACUUAAACGAAAAAGUGAUGCGGAAAGCUUCGUAUAAGUAUUGAACAAAAUAAUGUAAUGUAGAAAAAAUCUUAUGAUGUGUUUUGUGCCAUAAUUUACAUAUAUCGCCCAUAUAACAAAAAAAAAAUGACUACGCACAAAAAGAUCUCAACAUCCUGUGAGGAUAGUCUCGAUGUCUCCAAUAACGAAAAAAAAGUUAAACAAAUGAAAAGAUCGAAAUGUAAACUUGAUGCAAACGGCCGAUUAAAUCUUAAAGAUAUUCUAUUGUCUUUCAAUGGACCGGUCAGCCAAGAACAAGCUUGGGCAUUAUGCUAUCAAACGGCUAAGAGUUUGUCAUGUUUACCGGGAAACAAUUUUUAUGAACUCUCGGAGUUAUCGCAGAUCGUCCUUCACAAGGAUGGUGAUGUUUGGCUUGGCGAUCUAAUCGAAUUAGAAAAACCCCAUGUAUCUGAAAAAAAGGCUAUGUUUUCAUUAGGUAUGAUGAUAUUCAAAGCACUUGAUUUCGGCCUAGAUGAACAAGAAGAAAGGCCUUUAUCACCAGAUUUGGAAGCUCUUAUAACAUUAAUGACAAGUGCAGAUCAAGAAAUUGAAGAAGAAAUGGAAGAACGGCCACAGGAAACGGAUGAUGAAGGCAUAGAGAGAGAUUCAAGUAUUGCUGACAUAGAUGAAUUUUUAUCACAAAAGAGUAAUGAUAUCUAUAAAGAAAAAUCAAUAUAUUCCUUGAAAAAUGUAAUGCAAUUAUGUACCAGGCAUAUGCAAACUUCUAUUGAAUCUGCUGAAGUUCAUUAUAAAGCUGUAAUACGAGCAUUUGUAGCAGAAGCUCUGGAAUUAUCACAAUUUUUGGAUACAAUAGAAGCUGAUAAACUACAAGCUAGUCAGAAGGAAGUUGUCAACAGUGAUAAUAAUAAGCAAAUCUCCAUGUCUGUUCAGAAUCUUGAUACAUUAGAUUUUAUUGAUUGGACUGACAUUAGGAUUUGGAGGGCUAUACAAGCAAGAUUUUGGGUACAAGUUAUACAAGAAUUAAGAAAAGGUGUGAAGCUAAAAAAGGUAGAAGCCAAUUUGGGUUCAAAAAGCACAACCCGUGGGCGUGGAAAGGGAGCAGAAUUUGAAUUAACACCUUAUGAAAUUUUGAUGGAUGAUAUUCGGAAAAGAAGAUAUCAUCUGAGGAAGACUCCAUCACCAACUCCGAAUUUGAAGAAAGAUGCUCAUGCUGUUAUUCUUGAAUUUAUUCGGAGUAGACCACCUUUAAAGAAGGCAUCAGAAAGACAGCUUCCACCCCUUCAAAAGGAAUGGACUCUUCGAGAAUUACUUAUGGAAAGUAUAAAGAAACCACCAAAUUUAAGGUCUUCACGCAAUAGAUACAUUCCUAAGAUUGAAAGAACAUCUCCUCAAAAUGAUUAUAUCCAAAAUGCUGCUGAUAUUAAGGAUAAUGGAUCACCUACUAUACCAAAACCUCCACGAAGGGAAUUGGAUAGUUCCAAUUCUACAACAAGUAGAAGAAAAGUAAUUCCUGUAGAUUUUGAUUUAAAGCUCGACGCUGAGGAAGAUGACGAUGAAGAUUACAAUGAUGAAUUCACGGUGACAAGAUUCGAAGAAGAAGAUGAAGGAUCAAAUUAUUGGCAAUUAAAAGAAGAUUAUACAUUUGCAGAUAGAACUAAUAUACGUAGUAGAUAUAAAGAUCACAGAUUUGAUGACGAAGCAGACUCUGCGAAUCCUUGGCGAAGAACUGGUGGAUUACGCUUGACGAGGAACGAAUAUCAUCGAUUUUGUGAUACACAACUUGAAUCUUAUGAUCUUGCAACGCAGUGUCCAUCUAGAAGAGCAUCGGCUCGAAAACACGCAGCUAAACGUACUAUAGCACUUACAGCAUUAACUGGUACUACUUCUCUUCCUCAUUCGAGACCACAAAGUCGUCAGUACACAGGUCCAACAGAAUUGUUAUUAAAUCAAAGUCCGAGUCCUAAUAUUAGUGUGAAUCCUAGUCCAAGUGUAAGUCCUCAGCCAAGAACAAGACAACCGCGACGAUCACAAACUAUUGCUGAAGAUACAAAAGAUAGCGAAGAUCAAAACGAAGAUUGUCAAGAUGAUAAAAGACAGAAACCUACAUUAGGUGACAUGUUCUUAGAUGAAAGACUUUCUCUGACUCUAGAAGAAAUUGUACAUAUACGGAGUGUAUUAACUAAAGCAGAAUUGGAAUCUCUGCCUGUAGAAGGGCGUGUAAAAGAAGAUGUAGAGAAGAGACGCGUUUGUUUUCUUUGUUUAAAAACUAGAUUCGGAUUGUUAGGACCUUGGGGACAACGUUGUCGUUUGUGUGAAAGGACUGUAUGUGUGAAAUGUUAUUCCAAAAUGCGAAUUCCAACAGAACACUUCGCCCAUGUCCCGGUAGUAUUACUAUCUCCCGGUCUUCUUCUUUCUCCAUCAUCUUCAGAACCAGAUACUAGCAAGAGUUCUUGGCUUAGAAGCAACGGAGCAGCUGGAUCUGCACCGGCAUCACCAGCCUCUAGACGCAAGGAUUCAUCGUUAAAAAGUGUAACACCUUCAUCCACGCCUACUACGACACCAGUUUUGAUACUUACACCAACUUCUACACCGCCUUCUCAUGCUCGUCGUGAAACAGAGAUUCAAGAUAAAAGAUUGCCAGCCAAUGUACCAUCACCGAAGGCAUUCUCCAGUUUCACAAGUCAAAACUCGGAACAACGAUUGGCCGCAGAGAGAUUGCGAGGUGUUUCUAUGGUUGUUUGUCAUGAUUGCCGUAUUAUGGUGAUACAAAUAAUUAAAAGUUCUAGAACAACACGAGCUACGAUACGUAACAAUGUUAUUUCACGACUCACUUUAAACUUAUCUCCAGCCUAUGUUUGAAUUCUCUCUGAAAAAAAAAGUUCCGGUUAAAAAGGAAUAAAAUAUGCAAAGAAAUUAAUUAAAUGUAAAAUAUAUAAUUUUAACGUAGCUGGAAUUUCAAAAAAAAUCUAUAUGAAAUCGGCACACAGUGACAUUUAAUGUAUUCUACGUACCAACAUUCAGGCUUACAUCUAAGUAGAUCAUUAAUGCAUGCAAAUUUGAAAAUGAUUAGAAUCAAGUAUUUAAUUAUGAAAGUUAAGAUUCUGUUUAGUUCUUAACGACAAUUAACUAUUUUUCGCUUCCCAUUUCAAUAAUUACUAUUAAUAAUAAACUUCUAUCAAUAAAAAUUAUUAUGCAAUCAUGCGAUUGCAUUGUCAUAUGCGCGUGUGUUCUCAGUUCAUAAAAACUGGGAAUUCAUAUUUAACCCCGAUCAAUUAUCUCGGGAUUUUAAAAAUGUGUACAUAUAUGUUCCUUUUGCUCCCAUAUUGUUGUGAACAUUAAAUCUAAAAAUAAUAUCGCAUUUAUUGUAAAAUUUAGUUGAAAGAAAAUAAUUAUCAUAAGCAAAAAUUAACAAAGAAACAAUGAAAAUGUUGAAACUUUAGAUAUAAUCUACAUAUAUGUGCCAUAAUAUCGUUCCGCGCAAUAGCGAUCGAAUUAUGAUCAAUUCUUAUCUAUCAAACUAUACGAUAGUUUAAAAUUAUAUGAUCAUUAAUUCGAAUUAUAUUAAAAAUUAUAUUUUCCUUAAUUUGUUAAUAUAUUUAUGUAACAUAAUUUUUGCGCAUAAUUUUAGAUUUUCAUAUUUUAUACAUAUAUUAAUAAUGAUUGUGUUCGAAAUUCUUAAUACUUUUGUUUGUAACUUUUGUUAAUAAUUUAAUUAAUAUGAGAGGUACGCAUACAUAAGCACACGCAUAUUAUAAAAUCAUACGAAUUAUAAAUUAGCGAGAGAAUCAAAUACUCUGACAACCCCAAAUGAAAAGAAUAUUAUUUUUUUGCGUCUGCGAUGACAUUUUAUUUUAAGAGAAUAUAUUUAAUUUAGAGCGAAUUGAAGUCGGAUGCACAAUUGUACUAUAAGUACAAGUUUUAAUAGAAUUAAUUCAUUUAAAUUUUUUUGUAUAAUGUUUGUGAUAUUAAUUUAUUAUUUUUUAUGUGUACUAUUUAUUAUAUUUAUUUAAUUCUGCGAAUUAACUUAUAGAUGUGUUUCUUUGUAAUUGUACAUAUAAUUAUACAUAUAUUGUUAUGGAAUUUAUAUGAACAUGUAGUACAAUUUUCAUAUUUUGUUCUAUGUUAUUAUUUGUUGAAAUAUUUUUUAUUUAUAUUAUUGUUAAUACUAAAUGAAAUUAUUUUUGUUUUUGUUUGCAUUUUUAAUUAUAUAUAAAUUAAUUAUUAUGAAAUAAACUAAGCGGAGAAGAAAAUGAACUUAAAAAAAAAAAAAAAAAAAGAAUAGUGGCUCUUGUGACGGUCAUGUUUAUAGGAAAUUAGUACAAUGAAGUGGCUGUUCACUCGCACAGUUUAAAAAUGUGCUAUUAACGAAAAAAUGUACAAAAAUAAACUGAUGAUGUUCAGAGUACAAACAAAAAAUGCGAAUUGCACUAUGAUUAAUAUGCUGAUUGUAAGUCUGGCAUCGAAGUGUAUACAUAAACAGCGUUAUAAAUUUAUUAAUAUAUGUAAAAAAAAUUGGUAAUCUUUAUAAAAGAGUACAUCGGUUUGGUUAAGAAAGAAGUUUAUUUAUUUUUUUAGUCGUAUAAGUAGAUUUCUAAAUAAUUUUCAAGUAAAAAUCAAAAUGAAAAUAUUUCGUAUAAUAUUUCUGAAAUAAAAUAAAAAAUAGAUUUUGUCGGAUAAUGUAAUGAAAAUACUAUGUAAAAAAAGCAUGCAAUGAUACCUUAUAAAAAAUACAAAACAUGAAAUUCUAUUUGUAGAAAGUUAUUAUAAUAAAUCGAAACUAAAAAAAUAUUAAGAGUCACAAUGGCACGAUUAUAAGAUGUAUGUAAGAAGAUUAUGUGAUGGUAAUUGAAAAAAAAAUAAUUUAUUAUGUUAAUUUAUUAUUUUUAUGUACGAUGUACUACAUAUAUAUAUAUAUAUAUAUAUAUAUAUAUAUACCCAUAAAUAGAAGUCUUGUUUUUAUGAUGAAAAUGACCAAAAUACAUUCUAUUCUAAUUCAUUAAA